CUCUCAGAAUGCAGCAUGGUGGAAAGAAUGUAACACAAUUAAGGAACUGUAGCCAGGCAGAGUGUCUUUAUCGCCAAACAGUCGUCGUUUUCGGAUGAUUGAACUUAAGUGAUGCUCAAACGAUGCCUAUAGUGGACAAGCUCAAGGAGGCCCUGAAGCCCGGCCGGAAGGACUCCUCGGCGGGCGAUGAUAGCGACCUCAAUAAGCUGCUGGCCUCCUCGGCCAAGAAGGUCCUGCUGCAGAAGAUUGAGUUUGAGCCGGCCAGCAAAGGCUUCUCCUAUCAGCUGGACAGUCUCAAGACCAAAUAUGUGAUCCUCAACCCCCGUGGCAGUGAGGGGGCCACUUCGGGUCAGAGGGCCAGCACAGAGCCCGCUCAGAUCAAGAGGCACGUUUCAGACAACCAGUGUGGGGGCCAGAGCGAUGGGAUCCCCGCCCCGCAGAAGAUGCUCUUCCCUGGGAACAGACUCUCCAUGCGUUGGGAGCGUGUCUACCGGGUGGGAGCCGGCCUCCACAACCUGGGCAACACCUGCUUCCUUAACUCCACUGUGCAGUGUCUCACCUACACACCGCCCCUGGCAAACUAUCUCCUCUCCAAGGAGCACAGUCGUGCCUGUCACCAGUCGGGUUUCUGUAUGAUUUGUAUAAUGCAGAACCACAUCAUCCAAGCCUUUGCCAACACAGGAAAUGCCAUCAAGCCUGUCUCCUUCAUCCGAGACCUAAAAAGUAAGUAG